UCUCAACACAGUGUAGAGGCGCAACGGUCACUUUUCAAUUUUCUCAAAAACUCUCUCCCUCUCAAGAAACAAGAAAAGAUCGAAACUUUACACUCUAAAUAAAGAAAAAUAAAAUGGAAAUUGUGGAGAUAGCUCCAGAUCUGUGGGAGGCGAUGAAGAAGACAAAGACCAACAGAAGAAAGAAACUCACUAACAACGAGGAGACAGCACCAGAAGAACAAGAACAAGAAGGGACACCUCUGAGUGGCAUGUUCUGUCUCAAAACAAGACAAGAUCUGAAGCCUUUCGAGGAGAAAGAGGAUUGCUUUAUCCUCGAUUUCGACCCCGACGACGAUGCUUUUGACUCACAUAAGCUCGACCCAGAAGGAGUUGAUGACGAUGUGGCGAUUAUACACGAGAAAGGCCAGGUGGCGUGUAGGGAUUUUCCACAUCCAAGGCAUCUCUGCUUGAAAUACCCAUUUGAAUCUACUCAUCACGCGCUACAUUGUAAUCAGUGCUACUGUUAUGUCUGUGAUUUGGCUGCACCUUGCCCACAUUGGACGCCGAACUCUGAACCGCACUGUGAGGCAUUAGAAAAUUCUAGGUGGAAGCUGUUGCGUGAGCUGCAAAGACUUGCUGCUGGUCUUGUAAAAUAAGUGAAGGACUUGUGAUGGAGUUUGGUUCAAAAAUCUUGAGACUCUGUGUGUAGUAACAAAUGCCUUUAGUUGAAUGUUUUGCUUAAUGAAGAACCCCAAAAAAAUUAACAUCAUUUUCAAUAUCUAUGUUUGCUUUUAGUACUACUAUGCAGAACGAACACACAUUUUGAUAUUAGAGAUUACAAGUUUU